AUGAAUCAGCGACCGCUCGGUAUCAGCAGUACUGGUGAGGAAGUGAAUACUAUAUGCCCUGAUAGUCUGUGUUUCGGUUAUAUCCGACGAACAGAUCGCCUCACUGAGCCCUUGUUCGAAUUGUCCCAAGAUGGUGUUCGCUGCGGUGGGGAUGAUGAUCCCGGUAUCGACCUACUCAUCGAAUCUGCUGCUGUUCGUCAAGGUGGUCCGGGUUUCUUACCUGGAGGCGCUCUCGGGACGCCUCCUAGGCGAUUAUCAGCUUGGUUAAAGGAUCGUUCCACCCGCAAUGCCCGGGGUGGCAGUAGAGGUAGAGCGGGAGUUCUUUCUUUCGCUGCUGAUGAGUUGGUCUUUGUCAAGAGCGGCAAGUCUAUCAAUCCUGCUCGGGUUGUCAAGACUCUCCCUGGCUCUGAUGGUGUUGUUAGACGUCUCUUAGUACGUAACAUCAAGUCAGGUCGAGAAUCCACCGUCUCUCAUCAUAAUGUCGCUAAGUCCUGCAUAGAGUCAGAUCUUCAGGUGUAG